GGGGAUUGUUUUUAUAAGCGGAACAGAGAGGAAUGGGACUCCGUUGAACUCUUAAUCAUAUUUUAUUUUAAUAAUAAUGUGUUAUUUAGAUGUUGGAUGUUUCCAUCUAUAUCCGUCGAUUAUACAUACAUCUUAUUACAUUUUUUCUUACCGGGAAAUUGUUCUGAAUAAAACGCCAAAAAUAGCGGCCGUUAAAAGCCGUUAAAAGUUGUUCGGUUUUGGUCGACUUUGACAGCAAAGACCAUGUUACAGAGUACUGGCCGCCUGUCCAAAGCGCUGCAGCUCACCCUGGCGGUCAUCAAACCAGAUGCUGUAGCUCAUCCUUUAAUGUCCGAGGCUCUUCACCAGACAAUUCUGGAUAACAAGUUUGUAAUUGUCAGAUGCAAAGACCUGGUAUGGAGAAGGCAGGAUUCAGAGAAGUUUUAUGCUGAACAUUCAGAGCGAUUCUUCUAUCAACGACUUGUCGAAUUCAUGUCAAGUGGUCCGAUGAGAGCCUACAUUUUAGCCCGAGAUGAUGCAAUACGCCACUGGAGGGACCUGAUGGGACCAACCAAAGUCUUCCGAGCCAGAUACACAUCCCCGGCGUGCAUCAGGGCUCGCUUUGGCCUCACAGACACCAGGAACACAACUCAUGGCUCAGAUUCUCCAGAGUCAGCUCAGAGAGAAAUCAGUUUCUUCUUUCCAGAUUUCAACAUGGAGCAUUGGAUGGAGAAGGAGGAGCCAUUGUUCAGAUCAGGAGAGAUCCGGUACGACCAAGAAGACCAGAUCCACAAACCUUUAGCACCAAGCUGACCCUGGGGCACCUCAUAUCUGCUCUACAACUUGAGCAUGAUCAGAUGAGAUUACAGACUCUGCUCAGAUGCCACAGAUGAGGAGUACACCUGCUCUUUGAAAGUGCCAAACUGUGAUGAAAACAGGCUGCUAGGUUCAUGUUACUGUUAUGUUUUAUGUUGGCAGGGAGGUUCAGUUAAUAGCCACAUUUAAUUGAUUAUUCUUUGCUUAAUUUGUGAACUCUGCUAUAAACAAAAAUGGAAUGUAAAUGUUCUGGAUCGUAUGGAUAAUGGUUUAUUUGUAAUAAUAACCAGAGUGACUCAUAACCCAUAUAGUUGCUGAGCAUUGACAAAGUUUUUCUUUUUAUGUUUUGGUGUACAGUGAUUUACAGAUCCUUCUUUUUUUUAAGAUCUGAGUAGUUUGUUAGUUUAGUUAAAAUAUGGCAUGUUUUUUGUUAAUAAAGGUAAAAAAAUGCAAUACAAUUACUUUUGCACUCUUAAUAAAAAAUAUUUAUUUGUGCCGUAGAAAUCUGUAAUUCUGCACGUAGAAUUAAUGCAUGCUUUUAUGUAAUAAUAACCUACUCAUCUGUAUGAUAGUAAAAAAAACUUUGAUAACUAGAUAUUUAGGUAUGCUGUAUUUUCUCAUCAUUUUCCAUCAAAUUAAACUUUUCAUGUUUUAAGUCAA